AUGAGCCAGAAGAUUGAUCUUACGAAACUUGAGCCCGAACAGAUCCUUGAAUUCAAACGCCAGCUGAACGGAGAGCUAGAGCACUUGGAAACUUCUUACCAGGCCCUAAAAACAGCACAGGCUAAAUACCAGGAUUGUGGGGAUAAUGUGCAACGAAUCAAUGCAAACGAUAAGAAGGCACUACUUGUACCAUUGACAUCUUCACUUUACGUUCCUGGGAAAGUUAAAGAUAGCGAUAAAUUUUUAAUUGAUGUUGGUACUGGCUACUACAUCGAGAAGACCACUGAACAAGCUCUGGAAUUUUUCCAAAACAGAUUGACAAAGCUGACGGAGGAUUCCAAAAAACUAUCACAAUUAAUUAAUGAAAAGCUCCAGGCUUUGGAGCGAGUGGAUAGCAUACUUAGAACAAAAAUUAUGGAAAGAGAAAAGAAGCAAUAA